AUGCCAGCGACAGAGGGGCCAGGGCGGAUCCAGCCUUUCCCCCUGCAUCGGGCGAGCGCCGGUCCGCCCCGCAGAUCGCCGGGGCUGGGCAGCCAGGGGCGCAGCUGCCCUCGGGCCCCUCAGAGCCAGCGGGACCCCUGGGAGAGAAGGGCCGGGCCGGAGGCCGCGCCUCCUCCGAGCACCAGGAGCGUGCCCGUCUCUGCCAGCUGGCUGGACAAGCCCGGCCAGGAACCCCUGCUGAGCGUGGGGGACCGCGCGCGGCGGCGGCCGACCGACGUGCCCGAGCGGAGCCGAGGCCGCGGGGUCACCCUGCUCUGCGCCGGGACGGCCGACAGCGCCCUCUGGCGGCUCAGACGCUGGAACGACGGCGCAGACCGGACACGCGCGGAGAGCAGCGAACGGAGGCGCACUCGGCCGCGGGAGGCAGCCCAGGGACCGGGACCCCCCUGCGUGGUGUCUUCCUCUCCCAUCGUGCGGGGGAGUCCCGGGGCCCCAGGGAGCCCACCGCGCAGCAGGCGGGCUCGCCGCGGGUCCGCGGGACAGUGGCAGGUCUGGACAGUGACAGCCGAGAACCGCGUCCCCUUCCGCCCUGGUUCCCGGAAAAUGCCCCUGAUCAGGGCUCGGAGGUGGGACUUCAGAGGGGCAGCCCGGAGGCCGGGUGCUCCAACCUGCUCACCGGGCGCGGUCUCCCCGCCCCCUCGAGACAGCACCUGGACGCCACCCUCACGGCGAGCCCUGGCCUCCGGCCUCCCGUCCCCACACGCUGUCAGCUUCCUCCGAAUUCCUGGACCUAAUGCCGGGCCACGAUGGGCAGCUUCCAAACAGGAACCUGGAGACUUGGCCGCCGCAAGGGGCGGCGGACAUGACCUGCCUGUUACCAGGAGCAUCCCGGCCAGCCGGCGGCUAAUUGAGGAGCUCCAUCCCUCCGUCCGUGACGAGAGUGAGCUGCACGACAGUCCCGGGGGGAAGAGACUGCGAGGGGCCAUCAGCCGGCCUCGGUGGUCACUGCUGGAGCUGGCCCUGAGGGGCGGGAGCCGCGGGAGGCCCCCGCAGACCACCUUGCACGGCCGCCCCCGCCCGCGGCGGAGAGCAGGCGUCAGCGCCCAGGCUGGCGCGGAGCGGCUGCAGACGGAGUCGCUGCGUCGCUCUCGCUCCCGCAGACUCGACUCCGGGCCUCUCGGAUCCCGAGACCCUUCUCCAGGCCUCCGGCUGCUCCGUCUCCCCUCUUCCUCCGUCCCCAGGAGGCCUGACCCGCAGCUCCCCCCGUGCGGGCAUCCUCGGGCCCUGGGCUGGCGUCUCUGCCUCCGUCACCGCGCGGCGCCUCCCCGGGGCGUGUCUGCGCGUUCUCGGGCCGGCCAGGAGCCAGCCCCUGGGGUCCGGGGCCACCUGGUCCAGCCUGACCUCUCGGUGACCGAGUACGUCGGCAAGACCCCGUAUCCAAACAAGGGCGCAUCGCGCAGCCCUGGGCGGACACGGGCUGGGGGGGGGGCGCUGUGCGGCCCAGGGUCACCCCCGCCACCACCAGGCUCGGCGGCCCUGGCGCACCACCCUUCCGCCGUCACCCUCCCGGGGCCUGCCCGUGCCCUGCACCGGCUCAUCCAGGGGCCUGCCCGCGCCCUGCACCGGCUCGUCAGGUGGGAGCGGGGCGGCCGGAAGAAUGGCGGCAUCGCCGGCCAGGCUCCUCGCCGGGGCCACAGCUCGCUGCCGUCUGCAGAGCAGCCCCUGCGGACAGCCCCCCCCCCCAACCGGCGGCCCCGCCGCGUCAGCAGGCACAAGGGCUCCAGCACGAGCCCGGAGCAGCUUCUCGAGGACCUCGGGUGCCGGCCGCCCCCGGCCCCGAAAGCCGCGUGGGACCAGCCCCAGCUCCACCUGAUCGGCCCUCCCGAGCCUCCGCAGCCCGCCGGCCCUGCUCUCUCCCCCACGCGCAGCCGCGUGGACGCCCGCCUGCGGCCCCUGCGCCGGCCCCUCCCGUGGGUCCCCACUGCCCUGGGCCUGCCCGGCACCGCCAGCCCGAGGGGCCCGUUGGAGGAGCCGUGGCUAGAAAGGGAAACCGAGCAGCAAGGAGGAGACAAACACAUCGGCUUCGUGGAGUCCGACUUUCUGAGAGAGGCGCCGGGCGAACUGAAACAGCAGGAGCAGCAGAGGCCUGCAGCCCACGCCGGGCCCCCGGCCCGCCCCCCGAGUCCUCGACGUCAAACAGAAGGCCGGGCCUUCGUGUCGCCCAGCGACCAGAGCCUGGAAGAAACGCAUGUCCAUCCCGGUCUUUGUGCCGUUGUGGGCACGUAUGAGAUCGUGGCCACUAAUUUGGAGGUUCGGGAGAGGACGGGGCGCGGGGGAGUGUCGCUGCCCCGAGAGGGCCCGAGGGGGGCCGCGGCUGCUGGAACCCGGACCGAGGACGGCCCGGAAGGCCCCCCCGAGCCGCUGCGGGACGGUCAGGGCGCCCGGGCUCCCCGCUGCGCCCCCACCGGGACUUCGCCCUCGGGUGACAGCCGGAGGGAGCCCCUCGGACGUUUCCAGCGUCGGUGCGGCGGCCCGCGAAAGCCAAACUGCGUUCAUAUCGGCUCCCCUGACCCCGCAGCGAGGACGUCCUCGGGCUCCUGUCCCGCGCCGGUGGGCGGACGCUCGGGAAGCCGGACGCUCCACGGGGGAAUCGCUGGCGAGACGCCCCAGUCACCCGUCGAACUGAAAACGCGGCGCAAGCACCGAGCCCGGGCUCCCGGCUCGUCUCCGGAACUGCGCCCCCCGCGCCGCACCGAGGGUGUUCUCACGGCCUCGGCCCCUCUGGUUGCCGGAGGACUCCUUCUCGCCGUGGGCGCUCGCCCACACGCACCGCGCACUCACACGACGGCAGCUGCUGGGGCUCGGCCCACAGGGACCGCCGCGGCCGGAGCGCGCGGGUGA